AACUUCCUGGGAAGUAAGAGACUUUAAAAAUGUGUUGGUUCUUCCUUUUGAUAAUAUUGUCGAAUUCUAUAGCUAUUGACUUCUCAGAGGGUAGCCAUGGCCAUCAUCAGAAGAAGAAAUCUGCUGUCGUUGUUGGAACUGUUUACUGUGAUACUACAUGUUUCCAUGAGGAUGUUUCCCAUGCGUAGCAGCGAUUUCAUUUCAGGUGCUGUAGAAUGCAAAGAUGGGACGACGAGUUCAAGGCCGAGUUUUGUGCAGGAAGUGAAAACCAAUGAGCAUGGUGAAUUCGAAGUUCAGCUUCCUUUCUCGGUUAGCAAAAGGGUGAAGAGGAUCAACGAUGUUCGGUUAAAUUGGUUAGAAGCGGUGAGCCGGAUUGCUAUGCGAUGGCCUGAAUAUCAUCUUCGUAUGCACUCUGUCUGGUGUCGAGAAAGCAUGGAAUUCAUGUUAUUUCAACUGGAGUUUUCAGCUUCAAGCCAUUGAAUCUUUU